UGCUGCAGUCAAAAUAAGCAGCCAGUGUUCGAUAGACAGCUCCUCUUAGGAAGAAUUGUCAUCCCCAAACACAUAGAGAGACAUUCUCUCUGUCUCUCAAUUAAAAUCAUUAUUUCCAGAAUAAAGAAGAAGAUGAUGAAGAUAUUGAUUAUGUUUGCUCUUGGAAUGAACUACUGGUCUUGCUCAGGUUUCCCAGUGUACGACUACGAUCCAUCCUCCUUAAGUGAUGCCCUCAGUGCCUCUGUGGCAAAAGUGAAUUCCCAGUCACUGAGUCCGUAUCUGUUUCGGGCACUCAGAAGCUCAUUAAAAAGAGUUGAGGUCCUGGAUGAGAACAACUUGGUCAUGAAUUUAGAGUUCAGCAUCCGGGAGACUACAUGCAGGAGGGAUUCUGGAGAAGAUCCCUUUACGUGUGCCUUCCAGAGGGACUACUAUGUGCCCACAGCCGUUUGCAGAAGCACCGUGAAGGUAUCUGGCCAGCAGGUGCAGGGCGUGCGUGCUCGCUGCAGCUGGUCCUCUUACACGUCUGAGUCUUACAGCAGUGAAGAGAUGAUUUUUGGGGACAUGUUGGGAUCUCAUAAAUGGAGAAACAAUUAUCCAUUUGGUCUCAUUCCAGAUGAGUCCAUAAGUGAACAACUGUAUGAUCGAUCACUUGAGAUCAUGAGAAGGGCUUUUCCUCCUGGAAAUAGAAGGUACCCAAAUUACCGGCACAGAGCAAGAAUAAAUACUGACUUUGAGUAACAGCCUUGAGGUUCUGAUCCCACGUUGUCUACCUUGCUUGCUGUCUUCAGGCUUAUUGUGAACAUGGAGAAGACUCUGAUCCUUGCCCCGUGUAAACUCUCUAAUGGUUGCUUCAGCUGUGGAACUGAGCAGAGCUGGGCAGCAACCAGACACUGAACGGCCCAUCUGCCCCAGUUCUGUAGAAAGCUAGAGAUGGAGUCCUGGUUUGUCACCCUGACACUGAGCUUCAUAGAGUCCCACAUGUGUAUCAAUUCCCUGCUACUAGUGAUGGGAUUGGAGCAAAUGUAGCUCGCGUGAAGGGCACACGUAAGAAGAAUCUCAAGAUGGAAUGAUAGAGGUUGAUUCCAUACAUAGGUAUUUUACAUGCACACACAUGCGUUAAUAAUGAAGCUGGAGUGUUCACGGGCUUUACAGUCUGUGUAAUGCUGCAUGCUUGCGGUAUAAAGUCCAAACUCCAAGUGUAGCUCACGAUGGCCUUCAUGACCUGGCUCCGCCCACAUCUCCAGCCUCGCCUCUCCCAAGUCCUCCUGGCCCCUCUGCUCCUGUAGCACUGAGGUGCUUGCAGCUUCUUUGGCUGCUGCCUCUACCAGGAUCAUCCACCUGACUAGCUCUGUCUCACUGUUCAGGUCCCAGCUCAGCUGUCGCUUCCCUUUGGAGGUCCUUGCUGACACCACAAACCACCACCACUGGAUCGGAGAUGAUGUCCCUGAUUGGGCCUCUGUAAGGUCCUCAUCACAGGGCCUGCAAUAGGCUGUUUCCUGACACCCAUCUGACUACCAGACUCCCCAAGAGCAGGUCUCAAGAAACUUCAGCUGCCACUGUCCCUGGUGCCCUUCACACAGCCCGACACACCCAAUAAAUCACACUCAGUACAUAUUCUUUAAGUGAAUGACAUCCUUCCCUUUGGGUUCUUGAAAUUCUUUUUCCAAAAAAUCAGUUAAGCAUAGUAUAAUUAAUUUUUAACCAUGGAAUCUGAAAGAAGUCAACUGACAUUUUACUAAAAUAGAAGGGAAACUUACCAGUGAGUACUUCUUGGAUGAAAGACACAAAUGGUAGGUUUUCUUUUUAAUCUAUGGUGCAACUCUAAAAAUAAAAACCAGUUCUGUGCUGA